CUAGUACUCAUUGCCUCAGGACCAGAAGGGGGAAAUUGUUUCUCCUCUCUGAGUGAGAAAACAGUGGUUGGGUGACUGAAUAAACAACAAGAACGAGUAGGUUAGCUUGCUAUCAUAUCAUUGUAUGGUUUGUCAUUGUAGGCUUCUGAUACAAAAAUAAACCAAUGCAAGAGUUAAUGAGAAUGAUCGGAAGCAUAAGCUUUGAGGUAUAGCAAUGGUCUCCGGUCUGCCUUUAUGAAGGAACAAAGGGGAGAAUUUUCCACUUUAGUCGAUUGGGAGGCCACAAAUUUUAAGCUUCCAGAACCAGUCGUAGCAGGUUCACCUCCGUUUGUGUUCUUUUCCCUCAGAUCUCUGAAGGCAGGAAACUUGGAUUAGAAUACAGAAUCCAGGAGGAAAAAAGGGAGGGUGGAAAGAUUGGAACUUCUGGAUUCAUAGAUCUACCACUUUCUGACUGCUUUAUACUAGUAAAGUUCUCCGAGGGGGGAAGGAAAGCCAAGGGAGAAGGAAAGGUUGCAUCUUUGCCUCCGCCUCUUUGUUUGCGUCAUCUCCUCGCUCACACUUCUCCUGUCGUUGUCCCUUUCUCGGCAGCCUCUUGGUUAGUUUUUGCUCUCAAAAAUCGUGGUCAAGUUCAUAUUUUGUGGUCGGGGGGCCAAGGGUUUCGGCAGCGGAGCUCCGGAUGAUGACAAGAUAUUGCGCGGAUGUGCUUCCGCAGAAGGAGACGGGCCCGCAAUCGUACUCCUCUAAUUGGUUCGUCGGGCGGGAGAGCAACGGCGGCCGCCGCAGCGCGUGUUGGACGCCGGACGAAAACAAGCGGUUCGAGGAUGCCCUAGCGGAGGUCGAUGCCGACAGCCCCGACCGGUGGGAGAAGGUGGCGUCUUUAAUCCCGGGGAAGACUGUGGCAGAUGUGAUGAACCAUUACGGUGAAUUGGUCGACGACGUGAGCGAUAUCGAGGCCGGGCGGAUCCCGUGCCCCGAGUACUACGGCGCUUCAUCUUUUACCCUCGACUGGGAGAGCAGUUACGAUUCUGAAGAAUGGAAUAACUCGUUCUGCAACUCCGGCAAGCGAUCGUGUAUCAGGGGAUCAGAUCAUGAGAGGAAAAAAGGAGUCCCUUGGACUGAAGAUGAGCACAAGUUGUUUUUGCUCGGCCUUAAGAAGUAUGGCAAAGGAGAUUGGAGAAACAUAUCCCGAAAUUUUGUGAUAACCAGGACUCCUACUCAAGUAGCAAGCCAUGCACAAAAGUACUUCAUCAGGCUCAACACGGGCAGCAAAGACAAGAGAAGAUCCAGCAUACAUGACAUUACUACUGUCGAUUUGCCCAAUAACAAUAGGCCUCCUUCGCCAUCAACUCAACCAUCUACUAUUACCUCACAGUCAAGCUUGGGCAUGGCACCCACAUUGCCGUGCCAGCUCUCUGUUAUCGUCGAUGCAGAUCAGCUCGGCGAAGUAGCAAAUGGCUUCAAUCCAUCAUUGCGUGAGAAUCAGUUUGUGCAAAAUCAGUUAGGAAUAAAUCCAUCUUAUAUGAAACUACGAUCUCAAAAUCCACAGCUCAUGGAUGAGAUACUGUCGAGCAUGGCAUCCAGAGAGACGUUUCCCGUUGGAUUUUCGAUGCAGUGAGUGGAUUUUUCAAAACCACAUGAAUGCUUGAGAUCAAUAUGAUGCAAAGAUGGGUGAGAAAAUGCAUCUAAGCUUUCCAAUUGCUGCAUCCAGUGUCAGUUCUACUAGCAAGUUUUGUUGCAUUUCGAAUUAUAUAUCUCGCGGUAUUGAUUGAUAGAAUUGUAUAUGCUUAAAGCUUUGUUAGUAUUUUUAUGAUAAUGAAGUGGAUGGAAAAUAUAACUAUU